AUGAGAACCGAACUUUAUUACGUGUCUUUUCGGACUAAUAAGCCCGUCUUCUUCGGGCUAACCUGCGCCGCGAGGAGACACCUCCCGGCCUCCGUGAACCUCCCCAGGCCGGAGUAGUAGUCCGCCAGGAAGCACGCGUUGCGGCUCCACUCUCCCGGGUCGAAAGAAACCUUCAUCCCAUCGCCGCGCUGGGAGGCGUCUAACUGUCUCUGUAGGGUGAGCGCGCAGUACUUAGCCGAUUGCUCCACGUCUCGCACCCCG